GGGGAGCAUGCGGGCGGCGCUGGCCCUGGGCUCCCUGCUGGGCAGCCUCCUGCUCUGCCUCUGCCUGGCCUGGCUCUCCGGCGAUGGCUCCCCCGGGGGCAGGGCCCCGGAGCAGGAGCAGGAGCAGGAGAGGGAGCGCCAGGAGAGCCCCUUCCCCCCGAAGGAGGACAGACCCCCGGGGCUCCGGAUGAGGAGCCUCCGCUCGCCGCCCGACGCCCUCCAGCAGCCCCUUCCCCCGGAAUGGCUCUCCCUCGGCAGAACAACUCCUAAUGAAACGGGGACUCAGAAGUCUGAGCAAGGCUCAAAAUGCAAAGAAAUGUGGAACAACAAUUGGUCAUCAUCCAUCAAGAAGAAAAGGUAUUCUGAAGACUAUUAUUUGCAAAUAGUUGGGAAACUACAGAACUGUACAUGGAAGAAGAGGCCACAAGAAUAUACUAAAUUCAGGUCAGAGCUCACCUCAUGCUGUGAUGCGGCUCACAACUUUAUCGCUUCUCAAAACAAUACCCCACUAGGAAGCAACAUGAGUUAUGAAGUGGACAAUAAGAAAACCAUUCACAUCAGUGAGGAAAUAUUUAGAAUGCUUCCUGAGUCACAGCCUCUGGAUUAUCCCUUCAAGCAAUGUGCUGUGGUUGGAAAUGGUGGGAUUCUGAAGGGCUCGAAUUGUGGAGCUGAAAUUGAUAAAUCAGACUUUGUAUUCAGGUGUAAUCUUCCCCCGACUGAGGGAAGUGUCAGUCAAGAUGUGGGCAAUAAGACAAACCUUGUGACUGUCAACCCAAGCAUCAUAGCCCAAAAGUAUAACAAACUGAAUGAAAAGAAGGCCACUUUCCUGGAAAAUAUUGCACGUUAUGGAGAAGCAUUCCUUUUGUUACCAGCUUUUUCCUUCAGGAGCAACACUGCCACUUCCUUCAAAGUACACCACACUCUGAGAGAGUUCAGUGCAAAGCAGAAGGCCAUCUUUUUCUACCCCAAAUACCUCAAAAAUCUUGCUCAGUACUGGAGGACUAAAGGCGUUAAAGCCUACCGGUUGUCUUCGGGAUUUAUGAUCACCAGUGCUGCAGUGGAACUGUGUGAGAAUGUGAAGCUGUAUGGCUUCUGGCCUUUCUCAAAAAGCAUAGCAGGCACUUCCAUCAGCCAUCACUACUACGACAACCAGCUACCUAAACCUGGCUUCCAUGCCAUGCCCAAAGAGUAUAACCAGAUUCUCCAGCUCCAUGGAAAAGGUAUCCUCAAGCUGCAGUUUGGCAAAUGUCACACUGAGUAGCCCAAGAGAUAGAGAAUAUGUGUACUCCCUUGUGGCUUGAUGUUGGAUUUGAUCAAAUGUCAGCUUGUGAGCAUUAAUUUGUGCUAUUAUAAUUCUGAAAUAUUUUGCACUUAAAGAUGGUGGUCUCUCUCUUUUUGUGAUGUCUGUGAUAUUAGAUUCUUGAUAUCUGCCUUUUUUUUUUUUACAUAGACAAAGUCUUCAAAACCCAUAAUGUCCUCUGUAGAUAACAAAGCUCUCUGUAGAUAACAAAGCACAACCUCAGGAAGGUGGCUGUCAAUGAUGGAAGGGUGUUGCUUGCUAGUUGUUAUAGUUGUAUGAUGAAAAACAGGAAGAACACUACCAUUCCCACAUCACUGUAGGCAAAUCUGUGCUUAAGUCCAUUCAACAGUU